CACUCUCAAUCAUUUCACAAGAGCUUCAAAGCCCAUCACAAUCCACCAAAUCCAUCGUAACUCACCAAGAGCCAAUUUCGAAAUGCAUUUUACCACUCUCAUCGCCUCUGCUGUCCUUGCUCUCGGUGUCUCUGCUGAAGGCAUCAACUGCCACGGCAGCAGCAACUGCGCCAACGCCGGUUUCAAGCUGACAGGCCUCCUCCGAACCGCCCAGGACCUGAACGACAACAAGUGGUACUACAACGGCCAGCACAUCGCCUGUUGGCAGGCUCUUGACAAGACCGGGUUCUGUGCAUUCCUCCAGAACACCGGUGGCCUUCCUGGCAAGGACAUCAAGAAGCUGCUCCAGGAGCUGGUCAACCAUGGAUGUGCCAAGUGCGGCAGUGUUCCUGCGUUCUACCCUAGCGACAACGAUAUCAAGUCUCAUGGAAUGCUCACUGUCAACUACGUCUCUAAGACGAACUGCAACGGGCUCUGCUAGAUGCUGGGCCUGUAAAGGCAACUGUCAUUGGCAAUCGCUCUCGGAAUAUACCUCGCCGCACGUGCUUCUGAG